GGGGCAAUAGCGCGGACUAUUCUCUGUGCGAGAGCAUUAGUGGGGCUAAAAGCAGUAAUGCCAUCAAGGGCCAGCUCAGUUCAUGAGGAUACGUCGCUCUGCAGAGGACGGCGAGCAGAGGGGACCGGUUAGCUCCACAGGCAUCAGCAAAGGGGAGCGCAGUCCAACGGAUGCACCGAUCUCCGCAUCUUCGAAAAUAUGUUUGCCAAGUUUAAGGGCCUCUUCUCAGGCCCGCAAGUUCCAGCUGAUCCUGGGACCACGAAAGCAUCAACUCCACCAGCUCCUACACCAGCCAAGGAGGAGAAGCCAAACGAGAAGGAAAAUGAAGCAAAGAAAGAGGACCAACCGCAGGCCCCUGCACCUGCACCUGCACCUGCAUCUGAACCAGCCCCAGCACCGGCUCCAGGACCUGCCCCAGAACCAACUGCUGCACCGGCAUCGGCCCCAGCUCCAGUCCCGGCUCCGGCCCCAGCACCAGCUCCAGCCCCGGCAUCGGCCCCGACUCCGGCCCCAGCACCGGCUCCAGCCCCGGCAUCGGCCCCGGCUCCGGCUCCAGCUCCGGCAGCCACACCUGCAAACCCUGAGCAGGCGAAACCUGAAGGACAAGAUGAGGCCCCUCCUCCGCCAAUUGUCAUCAACAAAUAUUCGGAUGAGCAGCUCAGAAAGGUAGCCCAACGGAUGAAGGAGAGACUGAACUUAUACAAGGAGAAAGUGGUUGAUCAGUAUGCGUCGUCCCCCGAGAUAACCCCUCCUGUCACGCCUCUGCUGCUUAAAGAUGAAUACGCCAGAGUGAUGGAGGAAAGGGCGAGGCAGGCAGAGGAGGACAGGAUAAAGAAGGAGGAGGCGGAUAAGAAGAAGAAAGAAGAGCAGGAGAAGAAGAAGAAGGAAGCUGAGCAGAAGAAGAAAGAGGAGGAGGAGAAAAGGAAAGAAGAGGAGAAGAAGGUGAAGGUGCCCCUAAAGACAAGGUUGAUUGCAGCUUACUGGGCGUCGGUGGACUUCGUGAUGAACCCCCUGGUGAACCAGAUGGACUCCAUCCUGGGUCCCACCAUCGACCCCUUCACGGACCGUCGCUACAUCGCGUGGCUCAGCCUGGUCACUGUGGCCAUCAACUACAACAUAUGGUUCAUCACCGCCAGAAUGUGCUUCCCGUACCACAACGAGAUCGCCAACCCCAUUUGGUUCACCAUGGACGUCCUGGCGGACGUCAUUUACCUCCUGGAUUCCAUGUUGUUUCAGCCUCGCAAACAGUUUGUCAAAGGAGGAGACAUCAUAAAAGACCGAGUCUUGACAACCAAGCACUACAGGGAAUCUGAGAGAUUACUGGCCGACGUGGUUUCUCUCCUGCCAUUCGACUUGUUGUACAUGCAGUUCGGAUUCAAAUCUGGUUUCAGAAUCAACCGCUUACUGAAGAUAGAUACAUUUUUUGAGUUCAGCGACCGUCUGGAGAGCAUCUUGGCGAAGGCGUACAUCUGGAGAGUGAUUCGCACCAUUGGGUAUCUCCUCUUUAUGCUCCACCUGAACGCUUGCUUCUACUAUGUGGCCUCGGAGUACCAGGGCAUCGGUGGAACAAAAUGGGUCUAUUCUGGUCUGGGCAGCGCGUACCUGCGCUGCUACUACUUUGCCGUCCGCAGUCUGAUCAACAUCGGGGGUCUAAACGAGCCUCACACAGUCUUUGAAAUUACCUUUCAGAUGACUAACUUUUUCAUAGGCGUCUUUGUGUUCUCCAGUUUGAUUGGACAGAUGAGAGACGUGAUCGGCGCGGCCACAGCAGGACAGACCUACUUUCGAAGCUCCAUGGACAACACAGUGGCUUACAUGGUGACCAACAACAUUCCCCCUGUGGUGCAGAACAGGGUGCGCACCUGGUACACCUACACUUGGGACGCUCAGGGCAUGCUGGAUGAGUCUGAACUGCUGGAUAAGAUGCCUCUCGUAAUGAGAACCGCCAUUGCUGUGGACAUCAACCUGGCGACGUUUCAGAAGAUUGAUCUUUUCAAGGGCUGCGACCAGCAGAUGUUGGUGGACAUGCUGCUGAGGCUGAAGUCCAUCAUCUACCUGCCAGGAGACUUUGUGGUGAAAAAAGGUGACAUCGGGAAGGAGAUGUACAUCAUCAAAAGCGGAGCGGUGCAGGUGGUGGGAGGGCCCGACAACAGCAUCGUGUUUGUAACGCUGAAGGCCGGCUGCGUGUUUGGAGAAAUCAGUUUGUUGCAGUCUUCUAAGGACGGAGGGAACAGGCGAACGGCCAACGUCAAAGCUUAUGGCUUCGCCAACCUUUUUGUUCUGGAGAAGAAGGACCUGUUUGACAUUCUCAUCCACUACCCAGAGUCUCAGAAGGUGUUGGCCAGGAAAGGGAAGAAACUAAUGAAGGCGAAGGGCCCUGCGGCAGCAAAAGUGGAGGAGGAGAAGAAGAAAGGACUGGCGCUGUUCGGCCCCAAGCCGCCGACGCCCAAACUGCUGCGAGCUUUCGGAGGAAACUUUAAUAAAAAGAUGUUUAGCCAAUUAAGGAACGCUGAGCAAAAUUGAGGACUCAGCUGAACUGUGUAUUUUUGUUGAUUACUCCAUUUUGGGAGCAAAGGUACAGCUUAAUUUCAUGCUCUUUUGAUUGUUUUAUAUCAAGUGUUUUAUGUCAAUGUGAUAUAAAUCAUGCGCUGCGCACGCAUGUGUGAAUUUGUUAAUAAAGUCACUGGCAUCGGAAGUGUUGGAAACAGCUGUGGUUCUUGAUUAAAUGUUACGUUGUGAAUCUUGAAACCCGCUGCCACCUUCUAAUGGUUUUGCUGCCAUUGUUGUUUCUUGCAUUGUUUUUAGUGUUGCAAUGCAAGCUGAUAAGAAACAGAAACUUAGCUUUUGCUCAAUUUGUAAAGCACUCUUGCCACCCCUAGAUGAAGUGGUGCCCUGGGUGGUGAGCCAU